CAUGUUGGAAUUUUAGCUUUGUCUUCCUCAACUAAUAUUUAGGAGAAGUCACCUGGAGACGGAAAAAAACGAAUUUCAUUAAUGACCUUUCACGUCCAGCGAUAUCGUACCUAGGUCUCCUUGUUCAUGCAAGUUUGUUUUUACCCCGGGUUUACGAUAAACAACAUUGUAAAACAUUGCAAAGAUUAACCUACCUGUAGUCGAUGGGUUCCAUGUUUCGUUAAUUUGACAUAACGCAGUUGUUCGUAAAAGUAGAUUAUUGCUUUAAGUAUAUGACUUUAUAAAUCAAAAAAGUGUGUAAAAUAUUUUGAUCUGGUUUUAUUUCGGCUCUUACCGACAGACUACUACAAAAUUUCAAACCGUAGAUGUACGGCAUUCGAGGUUAGUAUGGGUCAAGCUGGACGUGAAUAGUUCUGGAACAAUAAUUACUCAUGGAAAUCCACACAUCCUGGCAAACUUGACAUACAUAAUGUGCAGCUUUGUAUAAGUGACUUAAGGAUUAAAGGGUAUUACAUUAGCCAUCACUCUAUACACACCAAUAUGAGUUCAUGCACAUUUUUCUCGACAGCAAUAUAGCAUUGUAACACCAGAAAACAUAAUGACAGAGUGAACUUUCAUUCAAACAAUGACGAUGCUUGGAGCCGUAUGUGUCUGUCAAUGCUACGUCUUAAUCGUUCGUGUGUGCUCAAGGCAACAGAAUUGUUUUUUGUACCAACAAUUUUUUUGUUCUUUCUUCGUAUUUGCCAAAUGUUUAGAGAAGAUAGAAACAUUCAUCGUAAAAUGAAAGCUAUGCGGACGUUGUUAUUUCAAAGCAGUUUAACAUUGCUUCUUGUCAAGAAAUUCACAACAAAUUGAUGACCAGUUUCGCUCGCCCAUUCGGAUCCCUUUCGAUUUUGCCCAGGGAAACUCGAAGCUCUUGGCGGACUCGAACAAGUCGCUGUCGCUCGUAGAUGACCUUUUGCUAGGCUGGCUGGCGGCAUGACCGUGUAACGCACAUCAUUAAUUGCAUCCUAUCUUAUGCAAGAGUUUCUUGAAACCUUACGUGUGUAUCAAGUACAUGUACAUGUACAAAAAUGGAUGCGUGGCAUUUAUACGAGAUGUACCCAGAAAAAGAUUGAAGGUACAGUACUUGUGGCUACGCAACGCAUCUUUGAAGUGCCUUACAUGCCCGACAUUGGUUUAUGUCGGAGUUAUUUCUGUCCUUAAUUGACAAGUUCGAGGCAAAACCUUUCUGUUUGUGGGUGAAAGCAAAAAACGGUGUAAUAUUGGAAAAGACCGCAGGAAUGAAGCAAGCGGCCGUAUGCAUUACUAUGAAUUAUUUUGUUGUGAAAUACAAUUCUUAAUGGGAGAUGAAAUCUGACAUGAUCAGCAAACGGAUUGAAAUUAUCCCUUGCUACAGCUCUCCCUGUGAUGAGGGAAAGUAAAGUAUCAUCGCAUUUUCAUUCUCUGCUUGCGUAGCAAACAUUUCAAAACGUAGAUUUAAAGAACUUGAAAUUUAGAAUGAAUAACAGCAGGAGGUUGAUGUUGAGUGAAAAUACAUCCCACUUAGUAUUUCGUUGAGGACUCCCAUUGUGCGAAAACACGCCGUAAUGCUGCAGGAGCACUACAUCAGACAUAACUGAGAGCGGGGAAAGGGUCAAAUGUGGGAACAUGCUUCGUGGUAAUUGAUUACAUUUCUCGCGCCUUCUGUUAUGCUACCAUUACCAGGAUAUUACUGGUGGCCUCAGUAGAGCAGUUUGGUUACGAUGCCAAUUCGUGACACUCCGUAUGUCAUGCACGUACACAUAUAUGUACCCUACCUUUGAAUCCUCAUUAAAAUUUACAGAAUUUAAAUCCAUUGCUCAACAUCCCGUUACGCGACGUAUCCUCGUCUAAUUACCAUAUGCACAUCACGUAGAUGAGUUGGUAAUGGCUCUUUGGCAAUAGCCUCUGCACUCACUGCGGCUACAGUUCAUCCUGAUGUGAGUUGUGCUUGUCCGUGACCUGAUGCUGUGUACUGAUGAGCGACAUAUUCUGCAUAAUGCGAAUGCUGUAAUGGGUAAAAUCAGUGGAUUCCAGAUCAUCUUUGAUAAUGACCAAGAAGUCUUCAAUGGAGGGGAUGUCAUUCAGGGUCAUGUCCGCCUGGAUUUGCAAGCAACUAAGCAGUUCAGAGGAAUCUACAUGCACUGGAAAGGUAGAGCAGUUGUUACAUGGACGGAAAUCGAACCUCGAGGCAAAUCUAAAGUUACCGUCUUGUAUGUAGCUGGAGAAGAUUACUUCGACCAGUACAUCACAAUUUGGGGAAAGGAGAGAACAGACACCGACGAAUCUCGGUUGGAAUUACCUGCCGGUCAACACUGUCUGCCAUUUAAGUUUCAGCUUCCAACAAGACCGCUGCCGUGUUCUUUUGAAGGAACCUUGGGAUACGUCCGCUACUUUGCACGUGCUGUUAUUGAUCGACCUUGGACGUUUGAUCAUGUCACAAAGAGAGCUUUCACUGUAUCAGGAAUACCCUAUGAUUUAAAUAAAGUGCAGAAUCCUCUGGCGCCAGUGUAUAAUGAGGACGAGAAAACAGUGUGUUGCCUGUGUUGUGCAACUGGACCAGUCUCCGUGAGUGCAAGCACCGACAAAAGAGCAUAUCUUCCAGGAGAAACAAUUUACAUUUCUGCUUCUUUGGACAACAGGAGCAACCGAAGCGUCCAUUCACUCGAAGCUGAGCUGAUUCAGUCAGUCAAUUACUAUGCAAGACGAGAUGGUGUGGGUUCACCUAGUUAUCGCACUACAUCUCACGUUGUCACCAGCGUUGUAUCCGAGGCUUGCGGAUCUUACGCUUCGGCACAUUGGGACAGAAAGCCUAUGAUCAUACCACCUCUACCGCCCUGCAAUCUUGAAGGUUGCAACUUUAUUGACAUAAGAUACUAUGUGAAGUUCACCGCUGAUGUUGCAAGCACUCCAUUUGACGUGGAUUUAAUGCUGGAGAUCGUGAUUGGAACUAUCCCAUUAUCUGGUCACACUUAUUGGAAUGCAUCAUCAAACCAACCAACUUCUUCUGCAGGUAUUCCUCCAACAUAUGAGGCAGCUAUUGGCGGACAAAAAGAGAUUCGUGAUGAACAUGACAAUGAGUUUGUGUUUGGAAAGCUCGUCUACACACCACAGUAUAUGUUCUACCGCUACCACAGUGUCGAGGAAGGACAUCCGUCAGCAAUAGAAAAAUCUACCACCGUAUAAAUAUUUAGCGCCGUGAAGGCGGUGGACCAAUAAGCCAUUACAAGUUGCUCUUAUGCUAAGUCUCCUAGGCUGAGCAACGUUUAAUGAAAUGGCUUCUUAGGAUGCGGUGGGACAUGAAACCGUGUUCCCUAAGUAUCACGCAUAGAAUUAAGAAAUUAAGAAAGUGUACUCGACAAAUACCUACGCGAAAUUAGUGUUAACAGCUCUGGUAAAUGCUUAAAAUAUUACUUUUAUUCGACCAUUGAAAAACAACUUGGUGUCAACUUUAUGUGUAUCGAUAAGAUUGUAUCCUCUAUCCGCCUGCAAACUGUUGAAAGUACGUUUAGUUUUGUAUGGUAUGUAAUCUUAAUUCAAUGAUGGCGGUGACGUUUGAGUUCGGAACAACUAUAGUUCGCCUCAUUGGUGCAUCCUCUGUGUUUUUUCCAGUAUGAAGACAGGAAGCGGACGCUUGCAAGGUCAUAAAAUAUUAGAAUUAUUUCGACAUAGAGCCAUUAUUUCAAUAUUUAUUUUUAUUAUUUCAAACAAUAAACAAAAUCCGAGAAUUUUAAGAAUUUGAAUAAAAUGGACCUGUUGCACAACUAUCUCCUUAAUAUUCCAACCAGACUGAGGUGAACUAGACGGAAACUGUCAUUGCUUAUUAAUGUUUAUUUGUACAAGAACAUUAAUCAAACUGAGAACAAGGGUCAAUACUGUGUUGAUGUGGGUCACACAUUGUCCUCUGUUUUGGUGCAAGGGGACGUAACUGUCUUGAAUCACUAUAGGGAUCCCAGAAAAGUUAGGUUGUGCUGCAGAGAAAAGUAAAAUAUCACCCACCUCUAACGACUGCAGUACUCGUACCUUAGGUUAUAGUGCAAGAAGCUCUUAGUUCAUUUAGUCAACUUAGAUUUGCUGUGCUUUAAUCCUUAGAGUAAUCACGCAGUGGUCCUACAGGACCGAUCCAACAAUUCUUAUCAACCAAACGGUCGCCUUCAAAUUGUUAAUGCUGCGAUUCGAAGUUUGUAGCUUGGACCAAUCUUGAGUUUUUUGUUCGCCGCAGGAAAAGCCAAAGAUGGCUUGCCCGCCUUUAUGCUAUGCGGGUCCAGUUGUCACGUCAGUUAUCGUCGUUACCAGUCACGGCCAGGCACAAACGGUAGCCCCGAGUGGGAACAUUCCCGGAAUCUCUGUCAGGUGACAAGCCUGACUUGACCGCAGGGCAAGAACUAAGACACUUUGGCCAUGUUUUCAUGUUAUAUUUGCAUGUAAUACGUAUCUGCAACCAUCGCAUUCUGGCAGACUGUUAUAGACGUUUAAGUUUAAUCGUGGCUGUUAUUCCGACGUUUGGGGCAUUCACGGCCGUUUCUACAUACACAUACAACGAAGGGCUAAAGGGCUAAAGGCCUUACACACGUUACACGUUCAUUCUGAUCUUUUAUUGAUCUUUUUAGGGGUUUUAAGAGAGUGGGAACAUUUUGGGCUAGAGAUCAGUAUUAGCUGGCGUCAGGGACGUUGCGGCAACCGGGAGGGGGUGGCACGCCCCCAAAAUUGGCAAAUAGGCCUAGAGCUUUGACAAAUGAAUCCAAACUUGGUACGUUAGCUGUCGUCAUUUCCCUGCAGUAUGUAGCGUACCACUGAUUUCCAUUUUCCGCAUUUUGUGAAUUUACGCGACACGAGGUUGGCGAACAAGUUACACUCUGGCAACCCCCCCGGCUCAAAGAAAAUGCCUUAGCUACGCCCCUUUUGCUGGCGUGUCGUUUUCUUAAGGAAAGGAUGCUGCCCCGAAUAAAUUUUUCCGACGAUCGCAAUGCAUGUGGGUUUGGAUGACAAACAAGCAAUGUAUUUUAAGCACAACCCUAUGGGAGAAGUGUACCUGCAAAACGUCAAUCUGUUUCCAUUUUAUUUCAUACUCCAAUCAAGCCAUCUUCUUCUGACAGAGUGUUGCAUUAUUGAUUUCGGAUGAAGAUAUUCACAAACUUAAAGCUUAAAGGCUUGGCAGAAAAGAAAAAAACCGGGGAAUCCCGCUUUGAUUAAGAUCGUGAAUAUUAUUGCUCUAGUAUUGUCCAAUCAAAAUCGCGACUUGUUCAUUCAUGCCGCACUGACCAGUCACGUUUAUUUUCAGCCUGUAGAGUAACUGGUGCCUUUAAAUGAUAAUUAUUAAGGGCGAUUUCUUCCUCUUGCAAGCCUCUGAAAAAUUAGUCGCUAUUUUGAAAAUGUUUCUUGUAUAAUACGCAUGCAUCUGUGAGGUGAUGAGCAGAUACAUAAAAUAUAUUCAGAAGAAAUCUGUAAACAGAUUUCUGACUGGUUCACUUAUGCCCCAUAAGUUUAUACAUAAAUAUUUUUGGCUUAUUUGUCAUCCAAGCCCUUUAAUGCCUUGCGAACGUCAAAAAGGUGUAUUGCCAAUACGAGAUUUUGGCAAAUUUUCCAAAUAUAAGUGCGAAGGGCUUCCUGUCAGCCUGCUCAUCGCACUUCAACAGUAAUGUCUCGCAAAUGGUUAUCGAGACCAUUUUGUGAUGGUAACUGUGAUCUACUGGGUAACUGAUUGGUGUUCUUAAUACAGAGCGUCCUGAAAAGAAAGGAGGAAACUAUAGGGCCGGGAUGAAAUGGUCAGUAAAUAACCUUUUCCAUAUACUUUAUUUGGAGGUCAUUUUGUCCUCUUCCAUUACAAGACAAAUUCAGAAUUUACGGUAGCCCUUUCCACCAUUGAUGGUUCUUUCAGAAUGUUGACUGGUACUUCCCCUCCACGGGAAAAUCCUGGUGACGUAAACUGAACAAGUACACAGAUUCGGUUAAGAUAAGUUGUUGCUAUAUACAUGUACCUAUAUGUACACUAACUUUACCAUCUGAAAUUUUCAGUACCUUGGCAAUACCUGUAUUUUGAAUUUAAGUGCUAAUUCAGUCAUAUAAAAAUUAGAAGUCCAAUAUCUUCCAAUUUAUCAUAGUAAUAUUUAAAACCGAACAAUAAAAUUAUAUAAUCAAA